GACGUGGACGUUUCCGGUUCCCGGAGUUGAUUUUCACGAAGGGGCUACCUACGCGGGGUUAGAAAGUUGCCGAUUAAUCGCCGAGACUGAUUGAUUACAAACCGUCUCACUCGUUUCUCGCUCUGACAAGUGUGAGCGAGAAUCAUGUCUGAGGCAAACACGGACCGCGUUGACUCCGUUGAAGAAGAGUUAGAAGUCGAAUCCAACUAUAAACCACCUCCGGAGAAAACCAUAGAGCAGAUACUGGAGACAGACAAGGAAGAUGAGAGUCUGCAGAAGUACAAGGCGACGCUACUGGGUGAGGCGAAGUCUGGUGGCAUCGUUGUAGAUCCAAAUGAUCCUAGGAAGGUGAUAGUGAAGAAAUUGGCCUUGUGCGUGACUGACAGGCCAGACAUGGAGCUGGACCUAACUGGGGACCUUACACAAUUGAAGAAGCAAACGUUUGUGAUCAAAGAAGGUGUCAGCUACAAGAUUCGAAUUGAUUUCAUAGUUCAAAGGGAAAUCGUUCAUGGUUUGAAGUACAUACAGAAGACCUAUCGUCUAGGUGUCCCAGGAAUUACAGUGGACAAAAUGAUGCACAUGGUCGGCUCGUACCCUCCGAAAACCGAGAUCCAAUCAUAUACGACGCCGACAGAGGAUGCCCCGGCCGGCGUAAUGGCCCGCGGCUCGUACACGGUCAGUUCGCUCUUCACCGAUGAUGACAAACACGAACACUUAAAGUGGGAAUGGUCGUUCGAGAUAAAGAAAGACUGGAAAGAGUAAAUAGAGAAUAGGAUACUGUCGAGCCAAGGAAAGAACAGGACUCCUGUAAUUUUUUACAUGAAACACGCGCCAGUGCGCGCAAACAGACAGACAGACAGACAGACAAGGACUUGCGUAAGAUGAUGCCAUAACAUAUAUAAACUGUAUUUUCUAAGUAACAAGAUAUACAAUUAAUUUAUUUAGAUAAUCCUUAAUUAAGAAUGGUAGGUAACGGUAACCUUCUCACUCUAUGUAUGCAUAUAUUAUAUAUACAUUUAUAUAUAUAUAUACAUAUAUGUACAGGCACAGGACGCACAUAUGUAUGUGUAUGUAAUUGAGAAUCGUAAUUAGGAUUUCGAUUUAAUUAGUACAGCAUUUACAGUCGUACUUGUAAUAAUAGUUUUACUCGAAAUUGUCUCUUCGAACUUCCUGCCUGAUUUCUAAACUCCAACCGUUGUUCGAGUCUGUCUUUUAUUAGACCUGUUUCAGGGUAGUCCCUACCAAAACGCGAGUUCCAAAACUUUUGGGGCAGCUUAUAUUUUUUUAUCUUUUAUACAUGUACCUCCCAUAGUUAGCGACGAUACCUAGUCGACGCAGAAAGUGCAAGGAUUUGUAGGCAGGCUACGAUCCAACCCACCCAUUUUCGAUAUAGUCUAGAAUACAUAAAACCAUAGUUUCGAGGCGAGACAGAAGGCAGCAGGUUAAGCGACAAUAUGUGUUCUCGUAUUGCGAUAACGUCGACGAAGGAACCGACGGACAUUUGAAAGAAUCCCUUGAACAUUGUAUCUGAUUAUUAAUUGGAAAUAAAGAUGACGUUAUUAACUUUGUUA